AUGCGCAGGUUCGCCCUCAUAUGUUUCCUUGAUCAAUUCCUCUAUCCAUUCUUCACUCCCGCUUACCGUGUUCCCCAACUAAAUAACCCCAAAUCCCAGGGUUAUCACAACCUCGCCUAUGCCAAUCACACCCUCUCCGACCCCCUCUUAACUCCACACGGCGAAUCGCAAUGUAAGGACCUCAGUGCGGAAUUCCCGCAUCACGCCCAAAUCGACCUGAUCGUUGCUUCACCGCUACGACGCACCCUCUACACGGCGUUAUUAGCAUUCGAAGAUCAAAUCAAGAGCAGGGGGCUGAAGAUCAUCGCGCUGCCGGAGAUUCAGGAGACAAGUGAUGUGCCUUGCGAUGUUGGUAGUGAUUUGGAACUUCUAGAGAAGGAGGUUACGGAGAAAGGGUUGCCCGUGGAUUUGAAGCUGGUAGGGGAGGGAUGGAAUUCAAAGACAGGAAAAUGGGCACCCACUGCUGAAGCUAUUGAAGAUCGUGCAAGGGAAGCUCGACGAUGGCUGAAAUCUCGACCGGAAAAGGAGAUUGUGAUUGUAUCGCAUGGAGGAUUCUUACAUUAUUUCACGGAGGAUUGGCAAGAUAGCACGCUUUACCAAGUUACGAAAAGGAAACCCAGUCCGAAUAAUUAUACUAAUGUCCGCCCUUCUCCCACCUACCCAGGUACAGGAUGGCGCAACACGGAAUACCGCACCUACACAUUCUCCGACUUAGUUCAUCAAGAUGAUCUCUAUGGCCGGCCUCUUGGCGGUGACAAUGCUACCAUCCAAGAGACUCCUGAGUCCCGUCUCCGCCGUGGGAAAUCGCCCGAAGUACCCCCCAGGGCCUUGCGGAAGCAGUUUUUCAUCCAGGCGAUGAAGGGGUGGGAGAACCAGGUUUUGGACUGGGCGAAGCAAGAGGAGACGAAGACGGGGACAACCGCCGGUAUUGAGGCGAGGUCGGGGGACAAGGUUGUUAGGGGAGAGGACUGGGAGGAGGAGAGUGUUUAUGCUUGA